AUGCCAACCACCCGUUCGGUCAGUACAGGUGCGGCCACUUUCUAUCUGGUGCUGGAGUUCUGUGAGCACGACUUACGCCAGACUACUGGCCAACUGUACGGUCCGUUUCUCGAUGAGAGAGAACAAAAAAGUGAUGCAACAGCUGUUGAAUGCGCUGUUUUUCAUACACUCGCAGAAGAUAUUGCAUCGAGACAUGAAAGCGGCCAACAUUUUGAUCACCAAAAACGGGGUCUUAAAGCUGGCCGACUUUGGUCUCGCCCGAGCCAUCAGCUCAGGGAAUACAACAAACGCUACACCAAUCGUGUGAUCACUCUGUGGUAUCGGCCGCCGGAGCCAUUGCUGGGCGAACGUAAUCACGACUCACCCGUAGACCUGUGGGGCGCCGGAUGUAUAAUGGCUGAGUGUUUUAUGGGACUCACACUUACAGAUGUGGACCCGGACCCCAAUAAUGGCCGGCACCACAGAUUAGAUGCAACACAACCUAUGGUGGAUAAUUAA